GACUUCCAAAUGCAAAGCGAGAUUUGUAGACGCUUGUGCCUUGUGAACGCUUGCUCAGGCUUGGCAAGCGUGGAAACGUAACAAUAUAUCUUAUUUCGCGUUGAUCGAUCGUUAUCUUUUUGUUAUGCAGUUCUUCAGCAUCACAUUAAUCAAUAUUGAAAAAAAGUGAGAAAGUGGGAUGUGGGAUGUUUUCUGUUGUUUUGGAACUAAAAGGUAAAAUUGAAAUAUUAUUUUUACCUGUGAUUUUUCCAACGAAAUCAUAACGAAAUAUACUUUGCACUUUCCCCGUAUAAUUUUAUUGGGCUGUCUACCUACUACCGACACGCACCGAGCCAACUGCUAUGUCUGGCGAUAUACAACUGCUGGUCCAAGGCUUAAAGGAACUCCAAGCUGCUAAGUUCGACACUCGGGCGGACAUUCUAGCGAGCUGCCACCAAACCGGCCGAGUUCUAGAUCUCAUAUACGAUUUGGGCACAGAUAAAACUGUAAUAUCAGACGAAAACAAAGCUAUCAUAGGCCCGCUGCUCGAAAGCUCGAUAAAGUCUAUCGAAAUCGAUGUGAAAAGUUCUGCGCUAAAAUACAGGAGAAGAUUGGACACGGAAGCUCUGAGAAAACGGUCCGCGCUCCAAUUUUUGAUCGACGAUUUUGGUGAUUUCCCAACGAAAACUCAGGGAAAGAAGUUCUCUGAGUAUUUCUCGGAUAUAAAUGAGCUAAUCGCGAUCCUAGACGAUUUGAUCUCCAAGUGGAAAGGACGACAGGAUCCCGACGAUCCGUCGUCUGAUCGCGACGAAGCUGACGAUUUACCGGAUUCACAUACGUGGUGGAAAGACUAACUUCAAACAAGUAGUUCGAAGUAAACUAAAUUCAUCAGGCGACUAAAUAUUUCCUUGUGCGCGAGCUAGCUCAAAUAACUAAUUAAGUAUAAUAUAUUUACUUAUUAAAAAUGGAAGCAGUCAGCAGAUACGUUACCGGCUGCGGACGGAUGUAGAAAAAUAUUGAAAAUAAACGAGUUGUAUUUUUGUAGCUUUAUUGAAAUUAGGUAUAAUGACUUACACAAUUGAAUUGAUACAAAUUUCAUGUAAACUCAGGCAAUAAAUAAAAUGGAAACAGAUUUACAAUCAUAAUAUUAUAUUGUGUAUUCAAAUUACAGCUCAUUUUGUGUCUGGAUCUCAAUUCGGUA